AGGUGAAGAGGAGGCGCCCAAGCCUCAAGGAUGCUCCCCACACUCGGAUGGGGCGGGUCUGCAAGCAAUGCCCCGGGCCGGAGGAAGGCUCCCAUUGGCUGAGGGCGGGUGACGGGUGGGGCGGGCGCAGUAUAAGGGAGGGGGUGUGCGCGCACCGUGUCAGUUUCGGAGUCCCUGGCGUCUCACCUCCGUGCUGCGGCGUCCGGGGCGCGCCUCUGCCUAGGGCUAUUUCCCCUCCUCUGCCCACCCGGCGCUCCGCGGCCCGCUCCAGCCCCCGGGCCCUUCCUGCCUUUCCUCCGCGGUCCUUAGAGCCGGGAGACUUUUCUGUCUCUUUUCUCUUCUUUCCUCUUUGUGGCUCCAAAAACCCAUCGCGGCGAAGCUCCCGGCUCCGGAGGGAGUUCCACUUGCAGCGGAAGGGCGGCCGCCCGCGCACCGCACCGGCCCCUCCUGCGACCCCACCGACCGGCGAGCCCACCCCGCCUGCCCGCCCCGCGCCUGCCUUCGUUCGCCCGAGGAAGCCAGCCGAGAGUUCAUUGAUGCACCCAUUCCAGUGGUGUAACGGGUGUUUCUGUGGCCUGGGACUGGUGAGCACCAACAAGUCCUGCUCCAUGCCCCCCAUCAGUUUCCAAGACCUUCCCCUCAACAUCUACAUGGUCAUCUUCGGCACGGGCAUCUUCGUCUUCAUGCUGAGUCUCAUCUUCUGCUGCUAUUUUAUCAGCAAACUCCGGAACCAGGCACAGAGCGAACGAUAUGGAUAUAAAGAGGUGGUUCUUAAAGGAGAUGCCAAGAAGUUGCAGUUAUACGGGCAGACCUGUGCCGUCUGUCUGGAAGACUUCAGGGGCAAGGACGAGCUGGGUGUGCUCCCGUGCCAACACGCCUUUCACCGCAAGUGUCUGGUGAAAUGGCUGGAGGUGCGCUGUGUCUGCCCCAUGUGUAACAAGCCCAUCGCUGGCCCCUCUGAGGCCUCCCAGAGCAUCGGGAUCCUGCUGGACGAGCUGGUGUGAGCGCUGCCUCCGUCCCAGGCUUAGAGAAGACCUCUAGCUUCGUGGGUGCCUGGUCCUUCCUCGCAUCCACAGUGAACAAGACUGGCGGGUGGUGAGGGUCCUGGUCACCUGGAGGGGAGGGGAUGCCCGGCUGGUCUUCACCAUCAGGAUGAGACCAGACUCGCCCACUUCCGCCUCCCGAAGCCUUCCUCCCUGCUACCCGGUGUCGAUGGCCUGGCCUUGCCGGGAUCGGACUCUGCCUGCGUCGUCCCUGCUCUGGGAACAGAAACCCACUCCUGUUUGGCCAAGAACUUGGAGCUCACCCUGCCUUGAGGAUCUCCCCAAGGAGGACAAGCUGCCCUGACCUCGAAGAAGGGGUGCGAUGAGCUGUGCCCCGCCUGUGACCCCCCCCACCUCCUCACCACCGCUUCCAGAGGAAGGUUAGAAGGCAAGGGUGGGGAAGACGGAGGAACCAGGUGCCUCCAGCGGAAGCCAGGGAGGCUCUGUAGGAAAUCGGGAAGCGCGUGGACGGGCAGAAGAGGAGUCAAUGUUUACACGGGACCUGCGGAAACAAAGGCUGGCCGGCCGGCCUGCUGACUGUAGCGGGGGGGAUUGGGGGGCAGCCCCCGCCCACUCCUAGCAUCUGAGGUGCUUAUCCAUUCACUGUUCCUCUGUUGAUCUCAGAGCUUCCUAUUCCGUGUUGGCGUUUGAGCGCCCCUCCCCACCCCUCCCAGAGGAAGGGCUUGUUUUACACCCAGGUGGAUUCCCCAGGGUUUGUUUUUUUGUUUAUCUUUUCUAAAGGAGCAAAAAGGGGCCUGGGGGUAAGGGCCUGUCUGAAGGUUAAGGUCGCAACGGACACCCUCUUUUGCUUUGUAAAUAGUAUUUUUAUACUUCAUCCUCACCAUCUCAGGCUUUGUACAUGGAAUCCCCCAAAUGGAGGGACUGGGGGCUUUCUGUUCCUCCCCCGAAGUGGGUGAGGGUGGGAAAGAGGUAUGUAUUUAAAGAAAAUUAAAUUUAAUAACAAGUUUCUCUAA